AUGACUGCGCGGCGAGCCAUGACUAUUGCGCAGUCGAUGGGCUUUCAUCGGUCAGGGGCUCGGGUUCACUACAAGGUUCUCAACCCAGAGACCAAGGCGUACCCACACUUGAUGUGGUUCCGCAUUGUUUUCUACGAUCGACAGAUGUGUCUUAUGCUCGGUAUGCCGCAAGGGGCCACUGAUCGAAGCAUAGCACCUGAUUCGAUGCUCAAGGAUUCGGCCAGCGGUCAGCUUGAGCAAAUCCAUUGCGUCAUUGCAUCGCAAAUUUUGGAGCGCAACGAACAUGACUCGGCCAGCUAUGAUUAUGCCUGGACGCGGAAUCUCGAUAAGGAGCUGCAGCGAUCGGCCCGGAGCUUGCCAACUCGAUGGUGGCUAAUCCUGAACCUCAGCGGCGAGACGAAGGGCUCGCAGGCUUUGUUCUGGGAAAUGCGGCGACUGUCAGAACAAUUAUUUCAUUAUAACUUUCUCAGCCAGCUCCACCUUCCCUACAUGUUUCACGACUCUGUUGAGCACAAAUUCAAUUACUCCCGAAUUACUUGUGCCAACGCCUCGCGAGAGAUCUUAUCCCGCUUCAUCAUGCUGCGCCGCUGGAAUCUCAACUGUCGUACCAUCGACUUCACUGCGCUUAUGGCGGCCAUGACCCUGCUACUGGCUCAUCUGUAUAGUCACCGUUGCUCGCAGGUCGACAAUUUUCUCGCCGCCCAAUAUUUGGGUGACCGUGCCAUGAUCGAGCAGGCACAAGAAGACAUGGAGGAGCUCAACCGCCUGAACUCAGAUACCUUGAGUGCACGAAGCGCUCAGUUGCUGAGCCGGUUGCUCGCCAUUGAAGCCAAGGCAGCCGAAGGUGACUUCGAAAGCGCCCAAAGCGUAAUCGUACAAGGGUCCGAGAUCGAAGAAACACAAUCCGACGACCCGACCAACCCUGGCAAACACAUUUAUAUCCCGUAUUUUGGGGUCAUUACAGCUGGGGGCGAGUCUCAUGCUGACAGCAUGAGUUCCCAAGCCCAAACACAGCCGACCUCUUCUACAACAUCAAUUCCAGAUUCCUAUAACAACCAUUUCCGUAAUAAAAUUAGCAGCAACAAAACUUACAAUAACGCAACUGCUCUCUUUGCACCGCUAAUCUCGGGAGUUCUCUCAGAUGAUCCCAUGCGGCAGUUUGAAUACCCUGGGGCGGCAGCUAGAAUGGAGGAUGAUGCAUUCCAGGAUCUGGACUUAGCUUUCUUGGACAACUUGAUGAGAGGAACCGGGGAUGGAGAAGACAGUACAGAAUGGGCUGCGGUAUGA